AUGGCAGACCAGGGAAGUAAUUCUAGAGGUAAAAGACAUGGAGGCUCCCACUUUAGAGGGAAUAACAACUGGAGAUCAAAUCGAUGGAGAGGUCGUGGGUUCCACAGAGGCAAUGGUUCAAGAGAAAAUGCCAGCAAUGAAGGUUCUUGCCCAAUCAAUAACACCUCAUCUUCUAAUCAUGAACAAGACAGGAGACUAAGACAAAGAAGCCACAUAGACCAACAUUUUCCACCAGUAGAUUGUCCAUAUAAAGGAUGGAAACACUACUUUCCCACUGAAGAUUUUGUUCCAACUUCUAGAACAGUUCAGCAAAUUAAAUGGACAAUUGAACUAUUUUCCCAUGAAGAGGAUAUGUUUGACUUAAGUGCUGUGGCAGAAGAUGGAGGAUUUGCUCUUGAUUAUCAAUUUUUAAUAGAGGACAAAUAUUUCUGUGAAGUGUGGCCACAAUUUAAAGCUGACUUGAUUGAAACCCCUUCCACUACUUUGGCAGUGCUAAGUUUAGCGAUGUAUCAAUUAUUGGUGGAUAAAGCCAAACAAAAUGGAUGCGACGACAUGGGAGAAGAUCUCUGCGAAAAAAGCAACUUAACGAUCGACGUACCAUAUUUUCGCGCUCGAUUAGUCAAUUACCGAAAACUCACUCCCCUCAAGAGUCUCCGUGCAGCCCUUUUUGGAAAGUUGGUUGCAGUGUCAGGCACCUGUGUUCGUGCAAGCAACACUACUCCUCUGUGUUUAGUCCUAGCGUUCCAAUGCCGCACAUGUUCUGGCGUAUUUACUUACCCGCAAACGGACGGGAAAUACGAAUCACCACCUCGCUGCAUCUUGGAUAGAGAUGGUUUACAAUGUACUGGAAAUAACUUCGACCCUCUUCGAAGUUCACCAAGAAACCUAAUUGUUGAAUGGCAAUCUAUUCGAAUUCAAGAAAACACCUCGGAAAAUCUGGAAAUAGGAAGGAUCCCACGGGCAGUCGACUGUGAAUUAAUGCAGGAUCUUGUUGGCACUUGCUCGCCUGGUGAAGUGGUCACAGUUGUUGGCAUUGUUAAAGCUGUUAACGUGAAAGAUUCGGAUCGGGGAAGUAAAGAUAGCAGUAUGUUCACUUUCUAUAUCGAAGCAGUUUCCGUCUAUAAUGACGACCGAGGUAAGAAGCCUGAAACCGAAACCGAGCCAUUAAGCGAAACCGCGUCAUCCUGUAGUGGCCUUUUGACAUUCAACAUGAAAGAUUAUCACGCAAUUCGGAAGAUCCACGAAGAACCGAAUCUAUUUGCCUUCUUAGUAGCUUCCCUAUGCCCUUCAAUAUACGGCAACACUUUAGUUAAAGCAGGAUUGCUCCUUGGCCUGUUCGGUGGAAACAAUUCUCCUAUUUGUACAGCAAAAGGUCCUUUCUGUAAACGCUCCGACAUCCAUGUGUUAAUAGUAGGUGAUCCAGGUUUAGGAAAAUCUCAAAUGCUUCACGCCUGUUCUAUGGUUUCUCCACGAGGUGUCUUUGUAUGUGGUAAUUCAACCACAAAUUCCGGUUUGACCGUUACCCUAACGAAGGAUGGAAAGACCAACGGUAACGAGUACACUCUAGAAGCUGGUGCUCUGGUAUUGGGAGAUCAAGGCACUUGCUGUAUCGAUGAGUUCGAUAAGAUGACGGGACAACAUCAAGCGUUACUGGAAGCCAUGGAACAGCAAAGCAUUAGUUUGGCUAAAGCUGGCGUAGUUUGCACUCUGCCUGCGCGCACUUCAAUUCUUGCUGCCGCCAAUCCCGUUGGAGGUCAUUACAACAGGGCUAAAACUGUUUCUGAAAAUAUUAAACUUGGACCGGCGCUUCUAUCUCGCUUUGAUUUGGUUUUCCUCCUCCUAGAUAGACCAGAUAUGGCGGUAGACGUAUUGUUGACGGAACAUAUUAUGGGUUUGCAUGCCAGUAAGCAAUCUGCCUGUUCCAGUAUGUCAAGUAAUUGCAAGACGUCUUUGUCCGCCAACACUUCUGAUGGAAAAGAAACCACUUUAAAGGUGCGUCUUUGCUUGAACGACGUCGACGCUGACCUUUUACCAGCCCCGUUACUCAGGAAAUAUAUAGCGUAUGCAAAGGAGUAUGUUCACCCUGUUUUGAAUGAGGAAGCUAAAAAAGAAAUCCACGAUUUCUAUUUGCACUUGCGCAUGUCGCAGUACUCCACGGAUUCUACUCCAAUCACUCCUAGGCAGCUGGAAUCACUAGUGCGGUUAUCUCAGGCAAGGGCCAAAGCAGAACUACGAACGGAAGUCACAGGACAAGACGCUCGCGACGUGAUUGAAUUAGUAAAAACAAGUUUUGAUGACGUCUUUAAAAAUGAAUUUGGUUCAUUGGAUUUUAGCCGCUCUCAGAAUGGUUCGGGAAUGAGCUCGCGAAACGAGGGUAAAAGAUUCAUCGCGUUUCUUCAAUCUUAUGCCAGUAGGCAUGAUAAACUGUCAUUUAGUUUUGACGAACUGAAAGCUCUUGCAGUACAAUGCAACUUGGGACAAACAGGGAACUUUAAGCAGUUCAUAGAAACGUUGAAUAACCAAAAUUAUUUGUUGAAUAAGGGUGGUUCCAUUUAUAAGUUAGUUAGUUGAUUUAAAUUCUAAAAAAACGUCGGUUGAUGUGUGUACUUAUCCAGCAAUGUGCUUACGAAUACAAAACGUUGGUAUGAAA